AUGGAAAACCCGACGUCUGUCAGAAAUUCCCUGCGUACGGUAUCUCCUCAACUCUACAACAUGGAUGGGGAAGAAGCACAGGAAGACAGAGCUGAAGUCAGGAAAUUGUAUGCCGUUCCAGAGCAAGUCCUUCCGUUGGAUCGUCUUGUUCGAGAUCCAAUUGGAACACCUCCAAAUGUCAUGUUGGAGGCCAGUUGUGCUGUAAGUCCGGGCCAUUCAAAUUUCCAGAAUUUGGCCUGUCUCGAUAAUCAUAGAAAUGUACAGGAUCUACGUCUCUCAGGUUCGAUUUUGUACCCUCCGCAGAGAGUAUCCGCUGCCGCAUCUGAGACAGCGUUGAUGACGAAUAGAGGCAAUGGUGCCGGUUUAGUGCAAGUCAAGAAGAGUCUUAAUAAAGACCGUAGUUCUAGCAUCGAUGUUCAUGAUAACCACUGCUGUAGGAAUAAUGGUGAAUCAGGUGAGAGCAUCAGCCUGAAAGGAAAUGUCUGCAACCCAACUCCAAUUCUCGAUCCAAUGCGACAUUCGCCAAUCGAGCUUGUAGGACUGGAAUCGAGAAGUAGUGUACAAAUAUGUGAUUCUCCCUCAAUUCCCGCCAGAAAGAGACACACAUUUCGACAGACAAGAAAUGGUUAUCUCACUAAAGAAGAUAGGUCGAAGCUAUUCGAUUCGGCUGAAUUUAAUGAGAGUCGAGAAGGGCUGGACGAAGAAAGCGAUGAACAAGAUGAAGAUGACAAGUUAAGAAAACAGCAACGUGAUGAGGAGAUAGAAGAGGAGGAGGAGGUAGAUGAAAAAGAAAAGGCCAACAAAAUAGGAGGUGCAGAUGAGGAGGGAAACGAAGAGGAUGAGGUUGAGGAAGAAGAUGAAGAAGACGAAGACGAAGAGGAAGAAGAGGAAGAAGAGGAAGAGAGCGAAGAGGAGCCUGAUAAUGGAACUAGCUCCGUUGUUACAACGGAUGGGUCGAGAAAUCUCGAACGAGCUCAAAUGCUGUCAAUGUCAAGUCUUAAGGAGAUGGGACUUUCGAGUUCUAGUAUUGAUACCCCAGCCAGCAAACAGGAGGGAAGAGACAACUACAAAGUGCAACGAAAUCGGACGUCAUUCACAAAUGAUCAAUUAGAAGAGUUAGAACUUGGUAGAUUAGAAAUCUCAGGUCUGAUAGUUCAAGCUUCUCCAUAUUGA